CCAUUGCCACCAUUUACAACUAUAAUAGAGGCCCUCUGGCAGGACCAAAAAGAACAAGGAGGAGAGAAAAGGGAAAAAGUUGAAGUGCUGAAUCCAACAGUUACCAUGCAUGAGGAUAGAAUGGGAGGAAUUGGUCGAGACCGUUAGGAGGCUUGCCAAUAGCCUCACACUUCGGCCAUGGGACACGCUGAGCCUCGCGACCCAGCUUGGCUGUGGCACGCCCUUGACGACAACCUCUUCUCGGACCCAGACAAGUGGGCGACUCCGCAGUGGAAGGCCUAUGGAACCCUCUGCGCCUCCUUCCGCGACCGCGCCAGGACUCCAGACAGCGCCAUCACCCCGGAGAAACACGGCGAGGCCAGGAAAGUCUCUAUGGAGGUGAACGAGUUCGGGAUUUUGGACGAUCCCACCGCCCCGCACACCUCUCUCGACCGGCUGGCCGACCGCCUGAUGGGUAAGCUUGCCGAGAUCCUUGAUGAGGCCAAGGCCCCAAGCACGUACGAAAAUAGUAUCCGGUUCUUGGCCAACUCUGCUAUGUCUACUGAUCUCAACAUUCUCCGAGCAUGGGACCAUAUCAUGGUCGUUUGCAAAUCCCACGCCCUCGAGAACUAUGACGACAUAUUUGGAAGGGAUGGCGACUCCAUCGACCUCGUCGUGAGCCCUGGCAUCUUUCAGUCGGGCCGACCAAAAACUGGGUUCUAUGAGGGACUUUGGGCCCAUCCCAUCCGGGUGGCCGUUAAGGGAGAGCUCGAAGACGCCACGGCAGAUUUCAGAUCGUUCAUCAUGAAGAAUACGAUAGGCUCGAGGGUGGCUAGCACCUAA